CUCCCAGGUCGUCGAAACAACAAACCGAACUACGGAGCAAGCGGGGUGAGAGAACGUCCGAAACCGCCUCUGACCGCGACUUUUAAACUCUUUUUACCGAAUUGUAGUGGAAUUCAGACGGAGGCUGUAUAAGAAUAGUAAAAGUUACGAUUCUGCUGGGACUACAUUUCACAACAAGGUCACAUGCAAUCUCUCCUGUCUUGUAUUUUCUGAGGAUCUCAAGCCAGUCAUAAGUUGAAGUUAUCCAGAAGAUGUUACAGAAAUGAUAGCAGCACCAGAAAUACCAACAGAGUUCUCCUAUCCUCAGGACACAGACACUCGAUUCUCUUCAGACACAGACUUCUCUGAGGAUCCUGAUGGAAGGAGUGCAAACUCAGCUAAAGGAAAGGGCGGAAAGAAGGGGAAGAAGGCAGCAGGCGAGAAAGGCAAAGGGGGCAAGGGAGCAGGUCGGUUAAAUGGCCACCACCAGGAGAAUGGCAUGGAAAACAUGAUGCUGUUUGAGGUGGUGAAGCUGGGCAGGAGCGCAAUGCAGUCUGUCGUUGAUGACUGGAUUGAGUCUUACAAACAUGACAGAGACGUUGCGCUACUGGAUCUCAUCAAUUUCUUCAUCCAGUGCUCAGGAUGUAAAGGUGUGGUCAGUGGAGAAAUGUUCCGCAACAUGCAGAACUCUGAGAUCAUCCGACGAAUGACAGAGGAAUUUGAUGAGGACAGUGGUGACUACCCUCUAACCAUAGCAGGGCCCCAGUGGAAGAAGUUCAAAUCGAGCUUUUGUGAAUUCAUUUCUGUGCUAGUGCGCCAGUGUCAAUACAGUAUCAUCUAUGAUGAGUACAUGAUGGACACAGUUAUCUCUCUUCUCACCGGACUAUCGGACUCCCAAGUCCGAGCCUUCAGACACACCUCAACACUGGCAGCCAUGAAGCUGAUGACAGCCCUGGUGAAUGUAGCUCUAAACCUGAGCAUCAACAUGGACAACACCCAGCGCCAGUAUGAGGCAGAGAGGAAUAAAGCAGUGCCCAAAAGGGCCAAUGACAGGCUAGAGCUGCUCCUGCAGAAACGCAAAGAGCUCCAAGAAAAUCAGGAUGAAAUUGAAAACAUGAUGAAUGCAAUAUUCAAAGGAGUGUUUGUUCACAGAUAUCGUGAUUCAAUAGCAGAAAUCAGGGCAAUCUGUAUAGAAGAGAUUGGCGUGUGGAUGAAACUCUAUAGCGAUGCCUUCCUCAACGACAGCUAUCUGAAGUAUGUGGGAUGGACAAUGCAUGAUAAGCAAGGCGAGGUACGUCUGAAGUGUCUGACAGCUCUGCAGGGUCUCUACUACAACAGAGAGCUCAAUGCAAGAUUGGAGCUCUUCACCAGUCGCUUCAAGGACCGUAUUGUCUCCAUGACUCUCGACAAAGAGUAUGAUGUUGCUGUACAAGCAAUUAAACUGCUCACUCUAGUCUUGAAUAGCACGGAUGAGGUGCUGACCCCUGAGGACUGUGAGAGUGUCUAUCAUUUGGUCUACUCAGCGCACAGGCCUGUCGCCGUUGCAGCCGGAGAAUUCCUCUUUAAGAAACUGUUCAGCCAACGGGAACCGGAGGAGGAAGGUGCCCCCAAGAGAAGAGGCAGACAAAGCCCCAACGCCAACCUCAUUAAGACCACUGUCUUCUUCUUCCUGGAGAGUGAGCUCCACGAGCAUGCAGCCUACCUAGUGGACUCCCUCUGGGAAUGCGGUGCAGAGCUACUGAAAGACUGGGAGUGUAUGAUCAGCUUACUGCUAGAUGAACCAUUGCCAGGAGAGGAAGCUCUUACAGACAGACAAGAGACAGCCUUGAUUGAAAUCAUGCUGUGCACUGUACGCCAGGCUGCUGAAUGCCACCCACCUGUUGGAAGAGGCACAGGAAAGAGGGUGAUGACCGCUAAAGAGAAGAAGACUCAGCUGGAUGACAGAACCAGAAUGACAGAGCUGUUUGCUGUGGCUUUGCCCCCUCUACUGGCCAAGUACGCUGUGGAUGCAGAGAAGGUGACCAACUUGUUGCAGCUGCCUCAGUUCUUUGACCUGGAAAUUUACACCACAGGACGCCUGGAGAAGCACCUGGAGUCCCUGCUGCGUCAGAUCAAGGAAAUUGUGGAAAAGCACACAGACACUGAGGUUUUGGAGGCCUGCUCCAAGACUUACCACGCCCUCUGCAACGAGGAGUUCACAAUCUUUAACAGGGUGGACAUUGCCCGCUCCCAGCUGCUGGAUGAGCUGGUCGACAAGUUCAGCAGGCUACUGGAGGAUUUUCUGCAGGAGGGUGAAGAUGCUGAUGAAGAUGAUGCAUAUCAGGUUUUGUCAACUCUAAAGAGGAUCACAGCAUUUCACAAUGCACAUGACCUGUCAGGGUGGGACCUUUUUACCAGCAACUUCAAGCUGCUCAACACAGGCAUAGAGAAUGGAGACAUGCCAGAGCAGAUAGUCAUCCACUCGCUGCAGUGUACCCACUAUGUGAUCCUGUGGCAUCUGGCCAAGUUAUCUGAGGGCAGCUCCAGGAAGGACGACAUGGUGACCCUGAGGAAGCAGAUGAGGGCAUUCUGUAUGAUGUGUCAGCGCUACCUCACCAAUGUCAACACAGCCGUCAAAGAACAGGCGUUCACCAUCCUGUGUGAUCUCCUGCUCAUCUUCAGCCACCAGAUGGUGUCCGGAGGCAGGGAACACCUGGAGCCCCUCGUCUAUUCCCCGGAGGACUCGCUGCAGUCUGAACUACUCUCCUUCAUCCUGAACCAUGUCUUCAUAGACCAGGACGACGACACAAAUAGCACAGAUGGGCAACAGGACGAUGAGGCUGUAAAGAUUGAAGCUCUGCACAAGAGGAGAAACCUCCUGGCUGCCUACUGUAAACUGAUCAUCUACUGUGUGGUUGAAAUGAAGACCGGAGCUGACAUCUUCAAACAGUAUAUGCGGUAUUAUAAUGAUUACGGUGACAUCAUCAAGGAGACUAUGAGUAAGACUCGGCAAAUCGACAAGAUUCAAUGUGCCAAGACACUCAUUCUCAGUCUGCAGCAGCUGUUCAAUGAAAUGCUGUCUGAACUGGGUCACGGGUUUGACCGCUCCUCCUCUGCAUUCUGUGGAAUCAAAGAGUUGGCCCGUCGUUUUUCUCUAACCUUCGGUCUCGACCAAGUCAAAACCCGAGAUGCCAUUGCUAUGCUGCACAAGGAUGGCAUCGAGUUUGCGUUUAAGGAGCCUAGUCCCCAGGGAGAAGGAGGCCCUCCCCUCAACCUGGCUUUCUUAGACAUCCUCAGCGAAUUUUCCUCCAAGCUUAUGAGACAAGACAAGAGGACUGUCCACAUGUACCUGGAGCGCUUCAUGACGUUCCAGAUGGCACUGCAGCGAGAGGACUGCUGGCUCCCCCUCAUCUCCUACAGGAAUUCCCUGCAGGCUGGUGGUGAUGAUGACACCAUGUCAGUGAUGAGUGGCUACUCCAGCAGAGGCUCUUCCAUUCGCUCCAAGAAGACCAAGCCUCCUGCAUCCACAGCUGGAACUUCGACGGCCAAGAGGAAGCUGCCCGAAGAGGAGAGCAGCAGCAGCAGUGAGGUGUGGCAGCAGAGCAUGCAGACCCCAGUCAUGAUGCCGUCCCCCCACCUCACCUCCACUGCCAUGCGAGACCCCAAGAGGGGUCGUGAUGACAGCUACAUGGGGGUCUACCCCCUCCCUCACGACCAGCAGCAGACCCACCAACACCCACAGCACCAUCAACAGACGCCUCAGCACCACCAGACACCCAUGGACUACAAUUCCCAGGUGACGUGGAUGCUGGCUCAGAGGCAGCAAGAAGAGGCGCGCCAGCAGCAGGAAAGAGCCAUGAACUAUGCCAAGCUCCGAACCAACCUGCAGCAUGCCAUUCGUCGCAGCACUGGGCUUAUGGAGGAGGACGAAGAGCCGAUUGUGGAGGAUGUGAUGAUGUCAUCUGAGGGGCGUAUGGAUGACCUCAACGAAGGCAUGGACUUUGACACCAUGGACAUUGAUCUGCCACCCUCUAAGAACCGCCGUGAGAGGUCUGAGCUCAAGCCAGACUAUUUUGACCCUGCUUCAAUCAUGGAUGAAUCGGUUCUUGGGGUUUCCAUGUUUUAAGCUAAUAUCUGGAUGAUUUUGAUGCUGGGAUAACAGAAGAGGCGCUUUGUAUUUAAAGAGAAUUUUAGAUGCGAAAACAGAAGCGUUUUCUCUAAGAAAAAGCAAAAACAAGAAAAAAAAAAAAAUUCUGGCUUGUACUCCACGUGGACCAAUGACAACCCACACUCAGUGUUGCUUGCUCAGAGAGGACUUUGUUUCAAAUAUUUACUUUUAUAAUCUUGGGUAAGCUCUUCCUGUU